CCAUUGGUCGCUGCUGGUGUCGGCUGCGCAACAUUUGCUGGUGUUUCUCUCUUCAGAAUGUCUUCUAGAUCUCCUCCUUUUGCUUCCCUCAGUGUCUCUGCUUCUUCUGUGAAGAAGGAAGUUGUGGCUACUGAGAAAGCACCAGCUGCUUUGGGACCAUACUCUCAGGCCAUUAAAGCCAAUAAUCUUGUUUUCCUUUCAGGUGUUCUUGGACUUAUACCUGAGACUGGAAAGUUUGUUUCCGAGAGCGUCGAAGAUCAGACUGAGCAGGUACUCAAAAACAUGGGGGAGAUAUUGAAAGCUAGUGGUGCUGAUUAUUCCUCGGUGGUGAAGACAACAAUCAUGUUGGCUGAUUUGGCUGACUUCAAGACAGUGAACGAGAUAUAUGCCAAAUACUUCCCAGCUCCUUCUCCAGCACGAUCUACGUAUCAAGUUGCAGCUUUGCCUCUAAACGCCAAGAUCGAGAUUGAAUGUAUUGCAACACUCUAGAACACCAUCAAUCUCUAGGAAGGGUAUUUUGGUUCGGAAGAUGUCAAACAAAUAAGAGAAACAAUGGUUUGGGGGCUUAACCCAUUUUUAACCUACUUUUCAUUUUGCUCACUACGAAAAAUGUUGCGGAUUAUCAACCAUUAGGUUGGUUACAAAUCAAAAGCCUCUAAUCAAGAAUAAGUUAUCUA